AUGAGCUAAGAACAGCAAUAAGGAUAGACACAAGGAGAAAACUAUCAAGAUAUUAAAGAAGCUCUUGAAUACCAAAUAGAUAUAGUUUUAAGGCUGGAAGAAGAAAGACUUCUUUUGAUUAAGGAAAGCAAAAUUUAAAAAUAAAAAAUUAAGGAACUUCAAGACACCAUUGAGAAAAUAAAUCCUGAUUUAUAGAAUAAAUAAAAUAAAUAACAGGAUGCUCAAACAUAAGCAUCUAUUUAGAUUUACAGUGUUGGAAUAGAUGUAUAAACUUAAACAGAAUAAGGAGUUAUUUAGAGCUAAUUAAAUGAAAAAUAUAUGAUCAAUUUUACUGAAAAUGAUGAGGAUUAUAACGAUUCUGUGCUUUAAUAUUCAUAAAAUUAAUCAAUUAUGACUUUAGAAGAUGAUAUUGAUACUUUUUCAAUUCAAGAAGGAAAAAAAUCUAAUACAAGCGAUUUACUUUAAAAGGCCCAAUAAAUUUUAAAAAAGAGUGAAUAGAAAAUAUAAAAUUUCGAAGAAGCAUCACAAUAAAAAAAAAAGACUACUUCUUCAGCAGCUUAAAAGAGUUUACCAAUUAAAAGUCUCAAUUUUAAGAAAAAAGAUGGAUCAUCCAACUCAUCACUGCAAUCUUCUCAUUAUCAAAGCACUUCUGAAAAGUUACCAACAGAAAAAGAAAAUACAUCAAUAUCAUUAAAUACAGAAAAGAAGAAGGAAUAGAAUGAUAUCAUAGCUUAGGAAUUAGUAAAACUAACUCGUGAGAACAAUUCUAUGAGAAAAGAAAUGCAAAAAUUGUAGGAAUUAUGUAAAAAACACUAAAAAGAUAAUGUCGAUAUGAAAAAAUUGAUUGAUGUAAAAAAUGAAAUGCUAGAUAAAUUGAGAAUGGAAGUUGCUGAAUUAUCUCUUGUAUUAAAUAAUGAUAAAUACAAAUCAAUUAGAACUAUAGAAGGUGAAUUAAAAAAGUCAAAACAGUAAAAUGCUGAGUUAAAAAAAGAAUAUGAAAGGGUAUUUGAAGAAAAAAACGAAAUUAAAGAAGAAUUAUCUCAAUUUAAAGUUAUACUCUCAAAGAUUACUGAAGAAUAUGAUAAAAUUAACAAUAAAAAUUCAGAGGGAGAUAUAAAUAUCAAGAAAGAAAAUGAAAAACUAAAAGAAAAACUUUAAGAACAAGAAAAAUAAUAAAAGUUUUUAAAAGAGCAAAUGCACUAUAAAGAAGCUUCUGUACAAGAAAUAAAAACAGAAAACCAAAAACUACUUGAAGAGAUAGAAUAUUACAAACAUGUUUCAAUUAAGAGCAAAGAGUAUGCUUAAAAGGCUAUCUAAGACAUAGAUUUCUAUAGAAACAUAUUAAAAUAACACAAUAUCAACUUAAGUUGA